CGAGAAUCACUUCCGGGUUGAGAUUAGUAAACAGUAGCAUCGUGGUUUACAAAUGUGGCGAUCCGUAUAACAAGACGCACCUUUGCGUGAGUACUACGCGAAGUUAAAUCGACAAACAACUCCUUCCCAAGACAAAAUGGCUCCUCCCAACACGUGAUUAAGUGAACAUCAGUGGCCUCAGUUCCUGAAAGGUCGCGAGCACCGUAUCGAGGUCAUUGCGCUUUAAUCGGCUAUCAGCAUUCGUCACUGUGACCCAACUCAGGAGAGCGGAUUAAGACGCCUACUUUGAAGGAAACCCAGGAGAGAUCCUUUGCUGGAUCUAAUCUGCAGGACGAGGAGCUAGCGGCCGCUCAGAUUUGUUGUGCCGCCAUCUCGCCGGGAUGGACCUGGGCAAGGCCAAGCUGCUGCGGAGCGGCAUCAACACGCUGCACCAGGCUAUCCACCCCGUCCACGGCGUAGCCUGGACUGAUGGAAAGCAGGUGUGCCUGACAACGCUCUACUUUCAGCGCGGUGAGGCAAAGUUCGGCGAUACCAACGUCAUCGGUCAGUUCGAGCACGUCUUGGGGCUCCACUGGGGCCCACUGUGUUGUCCCGACUCACCCGCCCUGCUGGCCGUGCAGCACAAGAAGCAUGUAAGCGUGUGGCAGCUGCAGCUCAGUGCAUUGGAACAGAACAAGCUGUUGUGCACGCAGACCUGCGAGAUGAGUGAGCCGUUCCCAUUGCUCGCGCAGGGUUGCGUAUGGCACCCUAAAAUGGACAUUCUUGCCCUUUUGACUAAGCGGGAUGCCUCAGUGCUGUUUUCAGUCCGGGUGGACAACAGGAGGACCAAGGCGGAUAUUAAGGGUAGCGGUUUGAUCCACUGCGCAUGUUGGACUAAAGAUGGCACCCGGUUGGUGGUGGCUAUCGGUACCGCGCUCCACUCCUACAUCUGGAACGACAUCCACAAAAGCCUCAUGUCCUGCUCCUUCUGUCCCAUUUUUGACAUUGGGGGCUACAUCUGCGCCAUCGAGGCAACAGGGGACUCUCAGGUUGCAGUAGCGACGGAGCUGCCAUUGGAGAAGCUGUGCGGGCUGAACGCCGGAAUGGCCUUUGAUGUGGACCCCUCGCGAGACCAUACGCCAGAAAAUGACCUAUCCCCAGACUCCAGACGGCUAUCGUUCGACCUUUCUGAGAGGUCCCACACACCCACCUCAGGCCCCGUGGACCUCACCCACCUCUUGGCCAGGCACCGGCGGUCGGACCCCAGCCCGCUUAUCCACCUGCAGCGCAAGGACGCAGUGACAGGCUCCGGUCAGGACUGCUCGCACCUCGUGCUGAUUACCUACGAGCGCAAGGUGGUCACCACCCGUAAAGUCAGUAUCCCAGGCAUCCUGGUGCCGGAUUUGGUGGCUUUCGAUCCGCGCGCUUCCACUGUGGCUGUGGCAUCCAACACAUGCAACAUGGUGCUGGUGUACCGCAUCACUACAUCGGCCAUGCCCAACAUCCAGCAGAUUUCGCUUCAGGCCGCCGACAGGCCCAAGGGAGUCUGUUUCCUCAGCGAAAAGGUCCUGCUGAUGAUGGUCGGCCGGCAAAAGUCCGUCGACCCUGCCUUCCUUCCAUCUUCUAACACGGAAAAGUACAUUCUGCGCCUGGUGGCUAAAGAGUUUGACGCGGAGGGUGCCCCCUCCCUUCUUAACGUAGAGCCUACUUCUAAUAUGACACGGAUUAGAAGGCACUCAGAGCACCUGCCCAAGGAGGACAGGGAGCGACAGGGUAUAAAGGACUUGGUUCUGCCCGGUGCGGGAGUCGGCUCCCGCUCACCCGGGAACAGACGAAGGCUUGUGGAGGAGGUAAGGAGCCCCGAAUCUAGUCCUGUGACCAGCUCUGUGGACUUUUCUUCCUCGGAAAGAACCCCCUCUGUCGCCGCGGAGAACUUGGACAUCGGCCGCAUGGCCACCCUGACAGCAGGCGGCCCGACCAGUAGGGACUCUAGCCGAGCUGGAUCGCCUCGACCGGAGGUUCCAUUGGAGGCCCCGUCAGGCGGAUCCUCCAGGGAGCGAGCCAUGGAGCAUCUCAUCUUCAACAUGGAGCGGCUGUUCACUCGCUUCGCAGAGGUGCAGCAGUGUCUGGGAGAGAUCCGAGAGUACGCCCAAAACGGCAAGAAGGUUCCAAGCUCUUACCCGGCCGCCUCAGAGCCCCCUUACCUCAACAUCACAUGCCAGAAGCAGCUGUCUGAGAACGUCUUCAUCGACGAGCGGCGCCCCGUACUGCUGUGUGAUGGCAAGCUGUGUCUUCGCGCGCUUUUGGAGCUUUUCAACCUCACAGCUGUGGAGAUGUUGCAUGGUCCCCUGUGGAUCGUCCUGGUUGCCGACGCAGACGGCUUUGUACCCCUGACAUUUAAGUCCAAAGACGAGCUCACUAUACGCAACGGCAAGCGCAAAUCCACUUUGCGCACCCCUGGAAGCCCAGAGACCUCUUGCCCGCCCAGUCCGGUCCCCAGCAACAACCCCAACACCACCACGGCAGAGGGAUCCACGUAGUUUAUGGCGUUUGACCACUUCGUCAAUAAAGUAGUUCCCACACUUAACUUUGUUUAAUUUUUUUUUUUUUUUGUCGUGAUGAAAACACAAUAUAGGUGCAAGCUUCAGAUACUGCAAAAUUAUGCCCCCAAACCAAAAGGCUAUGAGCGCUUUUUCAUUCUGGGAUUUAGCACCACCUAUUGGCUAUAUCUAUGUAUGCACGUGCCUGUUCUUUUAGUGUAAAUCCCUGAGUUGUCUAAAGACCAUUUCUUGCCAUUUUCUGGAAUUUCCUGAGAAAACCAAUGUAAUCCAGCAUUUCUACAGAAGCUCCUUCAAGAGCCGCUAUUGUGAAUUCAGAGAUUUGUUUGUAAGUGCACAAUACAUGUUUGAAUAUAAUUGCUGAAAAGGUACAAAAAACUGUCAAUUUUGGGAACGUGAUUAAAACCAGCUUGA